CCCUCCCUGUCCCUACGUACGGGCUCUCACGGGAUCCUUCUAAGCAACAGCAGGUACCUGAGAAGGCGAACAAUUCAAUAACAAACAGCCUGCCGGAGCCAGAGAGCUAGGAAAAAGCAAGGGAUUUAUCCAUUGAUCACUACCAACUUCUCCUUGGGCCUUCCUCCACCUUUGGUCCCCCACCUGUUAGACAUUGGUCCAACCUGCUCAUAAGGGGAGAAGCAAGUGUCCUUGGACCUCCCUAGAUCUCCUCUAAGAGAGGUAUCCAUGGACCCUUCAUCAUCAACCACCUUCUGGAUGCUGUAGACUAUCACCUUCCAGGCUGGUUUUCAUUGCAGGUAACACAAGAAGGUCUGUCUUCUAUAGAGACAUUGCCAUCUAGUCCUAGUCUUGUGAAGAGGAGACAGAUAGCAAUUCCUUAUCUAAAUGCUUGCGUUGCAGGAAUAAUUUUCCAGACCUUCCUACCUGCCAGAUCUUGCUUUUGGUGGAUAUACUUGAGUGCCUAUUGUGUUGUGUCCCUCCGCUUGAAGACUGUGACUUUGAAUCCUUACCAUUAUCAAUUUUUGGGGUGUAACUGUCCAUAAAAAGUACUCCCGGACUCUCUUAAAGGACAGUAAACAAGGCUGUGUCCUCAUCAGCGAGACUGAGGGGCAUCUGCAAUGUCUUCUGCAGGGCUGGAGAUUUUGGCCAUGGGCCUGUGCAUCUUUGGUUGGAUGGGGACUAUCCUCUCCUGCGCCCUACCCAUGUGGAGGGUCUCGGCUUUCAUUGGAAACAACAUCGUUGUGGCGCAGAUCAUCUGGGAAGGGCUGUGGAUGAACUGCAUUGUGCAGAGCACAGGCCAGAUGCAGUGCAAGAUCUACGACUCCAUGUUGGCUUUGUCGCAGGACGUCCAAGCCGCCCGGGCUCUCAUGGUGGUCUCAGUGGUGCUGGCUUUUCUGGCCUUGUUGGUGGGCAUCAUGGGAGCCAAGUGUACCAACUGUGUGGAGGAUGAAGGGGCGAAGGCACGCAUCGUGAUCACCUCGGGCUCACUCUUCAUCACCGCGGGGCUCCUCACCCUCAUCCCAGUGUGCUGGUCGGCCAACUCCAUCAUCCGUGACUUCUUCAACCCGGUGGUCGUUGAACCAUUGAAGAGGGAGCUGGGGGCUGCCCUUUAUGUUGGAUGGGCCGCAUCGGCGCUGCUGUUCCUUGGAGGGUCACUUUUGUGCUGCUCUUGCCCUCCACGGGAGGAUCGAUAUCCAGCCCGCAUUGGGUACUCUGUCCCCGCCAGGUCCACUGCACCUCCGGGGAGUGGGAUCGAUAAGCGGGACUAUGUAUAAGCAGCUGUUGUUUAUGCGUGUAUGUGCAUGUGUAAGUGGGGAUAUAUCAGGCAUGGGCAAACUUUGGUCCUCCGGGUGUUUUGGACUUCAACUCCCACAAUUCCUAACAGCCUACCGGCUUUUAGGAAUUGUGGGAGUUGAAGUCCAAAACACCCGGAGGGCCAAAGUUUGCCCAUGCCUGGGAUAUAUAGACUUACCAGAUGUUGCUAGGCCCAAAAACUGAUCAGAAUUAUUGCCUCCAGUAAUUCUACAUUUGAGAGAUGGAACAAAGGUCAUCGGUCUGGGUUGUGACCUGGUACCUGGUAAUUCUGUGUAGUGUGUGUGUGUGUGUGUAUGCAUGUGCUUGUACAGACAAAUUCCUAUGUGAGAUUGCACAAGUGGAGACUGGGACGACCUGAACAAAUAAAGGGAUAUGCGAUAGAAUGAGCAAACAAUGACGAGAGAGACAAGUGCUCCAGCAAGCACAAGUGGAAUGCAGGAGCAGGAGGCUGAGCAAACCAGAGCAGGAAGAUAGGACACCACCCAGACCAGUUAAUGGCUAAGCGAGCAAACGAGUGUGGGGCCUGGGAAAUCUCAGCACCCGAUAAAUGAACAUCUAUGGACAAUGAAGGACAAAAACAAAAAAACAGGCCAAGCAAUGGACAAAAUUAAAUUUGAGAGAAACAGAAAACAAUUAUCAUGACUAGCCAUCUUGUAAACGAUGCGGUGGCAAAAAAGCCAAUGGGAUUUGGCCUGCAUAAAUAGGAGUAUAGUGUCUAGAUCCUGUCCCUCUAUUCUGCCUUGGAAUACUGUGUCCAAUUCUGGGCACCAUAAUUGAAGAGAGAUAUUGACAAACUGGAAUGUGUCCAGAGGAGGGCAAUUAAAAUGAUCAAGGGUCUGGAGAACAAGCCCUAUGAGGAGCAGCUUAAAGAGUUGGGCACGUUUAGCCUGCAGAGGAGAAGGCCAAGAGUCAUGAUAGCCAUGUAUAAAUAUGUGAGAGGAAGUCAUAGGAAGGAGGGAGCAAGCUUGUUUUGUGCUGCCCAGCAGAUUAGGAUGCAGAACAAUGGCUUCAAACUACAAGAGAGGAGAUUCCAUCUGAACAUUAGGAAGAACUUCCCAACUGUGAGAGUUGUUCAGCAGUGGAACUCUCUGCCCCGGAGUGUGGUAGAGGCUCCUUUUUUGGAAGCUUUUAAACAGAAGCUGGAUGGCCAUAUGUCGGGGGUGCUUUGAAUGCAAUUUUCCUGCUUCUUGGCAGGAGGUUGGACUGGAUGGCCCAUGAGGUCUUUUCCAACUCUAUGAUUCUAUGAUUCUAAAUGAUUAUGCUGCAACAAAAAAUUCCCCCACAAAAUGAUGCUGGUUAGGAUGAAAUAGAGGCGAAAUAGAAAGGGAAUUCACUGUGAAAUGAAGGUGUGGGUAAUGGAUGCUUUUAUGGCUGAAAGAAUGAGAUAACUAAUGGGAUUGGGUGUCUGCAAAUGAAUCGUAAAGAGCAGGUAGAAUAAACCGAGGCAGAACCUGACACCAAGUGGAAAUGAAUAGCGAAGGAAGCGAAUACUGCACUACAAGGCUUGGGCAGAAAUGGCAGGACGAAAUGGAUACCUAGGAACAAAAGAGGUGUGUGUAUGUGUGCUUGUGUGUGUGUGCUUAUGUGGGGUGGGAGCGGUGGCGAAAGCCCCUAGCCCGGCCUUGCCUUGAACUGGUGCUCUUUGCUUGCUGGUUAAUAAUUUGCCAUGGAUUUGACUUAUUCCCAGGGGCCUGAACAAACAAGUGGGGGGCUGUUUUGAUCAGAACUGACCAUCGCUGAUGAAGGAACUCUUUCUUCCACCCUGAAAUACAUUUGAUCUUGCUCUUUUUGUAAAGUUUGGGAAGAGAAGGAUGGAGGUUGUGAGCUUCCCCAUUCCUUCUGGUAUUGAACCUGGAGGGAAUGUGUGGAUAGGGUUGCCAGACUGCAAAACAUGUAAGAGUUGUGUAAAAGAGGGAAUUUCACAACCCGGUAUCCACCAGCAAUUUCUGCUGAAAUUUCUUCUUCUGUUUAUACACUUGCAUCUCCUAGUAGGAGCCCCCGGUGGCAAAGUGCGUUAAACUCCUGUGCCAGCAGGACUGAAGAUGAACAGGUCACAGGUUCGAAUUCGGGGACAGCGGGUUGAGCUCCCUCUGUCAGCUUCAGCUCCCCAUGCGGGGACAUGAGAAAAGCCCCCCACAAGGAUGAUAAAACAUCAAAACAUCCGAGCGUCCCCUGGGCAAUGUCUUUGAAGACGGCCAAUUCUCUCACACCAGAAGCGACUUGCAGUUUCUCAAGUCGCUCCUGACACGACCAAAAAAUAAAUAAAUCCCCUAGUACAACAAAAGGAUUCGUGAUCUCACCUUCACCAUUUACACCUGAGAUGGAAAAAGGAAUGGGAAGAGUUUAAAGAUAUCCUUCAGCCUUUCCAUUGCCCCUUUCUUCAACCCAGCACCGUGUUUUAUGUUAUUGAGAACUGUAUUAUUCAUAUAAAUCAGAGUCAUAUUUGUAAUCCA